AUGCAACAACAACUACGGGAGAAAAUAGAUGAAAUGCUUAAAGAUGACUUAAUUGAGGAAUCAGACUCCUCAUGGUCAGCACCUGUAAUACCUGUACCUAAAGGCGAGAAUGAUGUAAGAGUUUGUAUAGACUAUAGGAAGCUAAACGAGAUUACUAAACCUGAUAGAUAUCCGUUACCACGUAUCGAUAACUUACUGCAUCAAGCUAAAGCUAUGCCAUAUAUGUCUACAAUCGAUUUAAAAUCAAGUUAUCAUCAGAUCUCAGUGCCUCCAGACGACCAAGACAAAACAACGUUCGUUUCACCGUUUGGAAUGUAUCGGUUUAAACGUAUGCCUUUUGGAUUACGAAAUGCACCUCCUACGUUUCAAAGAUUGAUGGUUAAGCUUAUAAGAGGCUUGAAAGCGACCUGUGUCAUUUCCUAUUUAGAUGAUUUAAGCCUGAGGUCUGUCUCUUUCAUUCAACACCUAAAAGAUUUAAGGGAAGUAUUUGAUAAACUUAGAGAAUAUAAUUUGCAUGCCAAUAGAAAGAAAUGCAAGUCUGGUUGUUCUGAAGUAAAAUAUUUGGGACAUUUGAUUGUGCCUGAAGGAAUAAAAGCAGAUCCUGAGAAAGUGUCUGUUAUUGCUAACCUACAAGAACCUAGAAAUCUUAAACAAUUGAUAUUAUUUCUACAAACAGCUUCUUGGUACCGUAGAUUUAUAUACAAGUUCGCAGAAAUUGCAAGGCCAUUAACUAAUUUAACACGAAAGAAAGUUAUUUGGCAAAUGCAAAUGGAAUUCGGAAGAACGAGAAUCCUUCAACAAGUUAAUGAUUGCACUGACAGCACCUGUACUGAAACAAGCUAA